AUCAUACAGAAAACAAUGAAAUUACUCAGUCUAGCAAUGACCACUGGCCAGACAUUGAGAUCUUCAGCAAAAUGUAUUUUGACCUGAGCGUACAUGACCCUAAGUACAGAACUAUAAGUCCCGUAUACACGGAGCAACUCUCAAGAGUGAAACAAGGUGAAAAGCUUUUGAUCUCUAAAAAAGUUAUGCUCGCAGGAGACUGUCAAAUAUCUGACUCCACUCUGCAUGCAUUCACGUUUUCAUCCUCGAUGCUAGGAGAAGAGGUUCAACUCCAUUUUAUAAUCCCCAAGUCCAAAGAAAAUCAUUUUGUCUUCAGCAAGCAGGGAAAGCAUCUAGAAAGCAUGCGUCUCCCACUUGUUUCUGACAAGAAUUUAAAUGCAGUCAAGAGUCCUAUCUUCACUCCAUCAAGUGGACGUCAUGAACAUGGCCUCUUGAACCUCUACCAUGCCAUGGAAGGCAUCAGCCACCUUCACCUCCUUGUAGUCAAGGAGUAUGAAAUGCCACUCUACCGUAAAUACUGGCCCAACCACAUCAUGCUGGUCCUGCCAGGCAUGUUCAACAAUGCUGGCGUUGGUGCUGCCAGGUUUCUUAUUAAGGAACUUUCCUACCACAAUCUAGAACUGGAACGAAACCGGUUGGAGGAACUAGGAGUCAAGCGCCAGUGUGUGUGGCCGUUCAUCGUGGUCAUGGAUGACUCCUGUGUGUUGUGGAACAUGCACAGCGUCCAUGAACAGUCGAGCCAGUCCCUGGAGCCUGGGGGUUCCAGCAAGAAUGUGUCUCUCAAGAGCGUCCUCCAACACAUUGAAGCCACCCCCAAAAUUGUUCAUUACGCUAUACUGGGUGUUCAGAAGUGGAACAGCAAGCUGAAUUCCAGGAAAGCAAAGGCUCCGUUCUCCAGGUGCCAUGUGCGUGAUUUUAUACUGCUCAACAUCGACCUGACCCAGAAUGUGCAAUAUGAUCUAAACAGGUAUUUCUGUGAAGAUGUAGAUUUUAAUCUGCGAACAAACAGCAGCGGCCUGCUCAUCUGCCGCUUCAACAACUUCAGUGUCAUGAAGAAACAUAUUCAGGUUGGAGGACAAAAGGACUUUGUCGUUAAGCCAAAAAUCAUGGUUUCGGACAGCCUGGCACCAAUAAUGCCUCUUCAGUAUGUCUGUGCCCCUGACAGUGAGCAUACCUUGUUGGCGGCCCCAUCUCAGUUCCUCCUGGAGAAAUUCCUCCAACAUGCGACGUACAAACUCUUCCCGAAGGCCAUCCAUAACUUCAAGAACCCUGUACUGGCCAUUGACUGCUACCUGAACAUCGGGCUUGAGGUGGCCAUAUGCUACAUUAGUUCCCGCCCACACUCGGUCAAUGUCAACUGUGAAGGGGUGUUCUUCAGUGGACUUCUGCUCUAUCUCUGUGACUCCUUCGUUGGCGCAGACCUACUCAAGCGGUUCAUAAUCUCCCUGCUCUGCUGGGCAUCCCGGCUGCUUUCCUGCCCAGUAACGGCGGGGAGGAAAAGGGAAAGGGCAGGUGCCACCCUGUGUGUCAUAUGCCAAGACAGAAGCUCGUUACGGCAGACAAUAGUCCGGUUGGAGUUGGAAGAUGAGUGGCAGUUCCGACUUCGGGAUGAGUUUCAAACUGCUAACAGCAGUGAUGACAAACCACUCUAUUUUCUUACUGGACGCCAUAUAUAA